AUGGCGCUGUCCACUUGGUCUGCGCCAAUGGGCUUCAGUGCUGGAGACCAUGUUGAGAAAUUCUCUAUAUCCAGAGAGCAACAGCAGGAAGAUCACAGAGCUAAGAGGUCUCACCACUGCCCACAUUGUGAGGAGAUUUUCCCAUUUCUAUCAAAGCUAAAAAUACACCUAAAAAUACACACAGGAAAGAAUCUGUAUUCCUGUACAGACUGUGGGAAGGAUUUCACAAAAUUAAAGGUUCUGAUAGUUCAUCAGAGAAUGCAUGAACGGAUACAUACAGGAUUGAAGCCUUACUUCUGCUCUGACUGUGGAAAGAGUUUCUCUCGACUGGGCACCUUAAAAAGACAUGAACAUAUACAUACAGGAGAGAAGCCUUACUCCUGCUCUGACUGUGGGGCAAGUUUCUCUCGACUGGGCCACCUAAAAACACAUGAAGGUAUACAUACAGGAGAGAAGCCUUUCUCCUGCUCUGACUGUGGAAAGAGUUUCUCUAGACCAGGCCACCUAAAAACACAUGAACGUAUACAUACAGGAGAGAAGCCUUACUCCUGCUCUGCCUGUGGGAAGAGUUUCUCUCUACUGAGCAACUUAAAAGCACAUGAACGUAUGCAUACAGGAGUGAAGCCUUACUCUUGCUCUGACUGUGGAAAGAGUUUCUCUCGACUGGGCCACCUAAAAACACAUGAACGUAUACAUACAGGAGAGAAGCCUUUCUUCUGCUCUGACUGUUUAAAAUGCUUCACAACGUCAAAUGACCUAAACGUUCAUCAGAGAACACACACAGGAGAGAAGCCUUACUCCUGCUCUGAUUGUGUAAAAUGCUUCACAACAUACUCUGGUCUUGAAAGUCAUCAGAGAACACACACAGGAGAGAAGCCUUACUUCUGCUCUAAUUGUGUAAAAUGCUUCACAUCAUCAACUAACCUAAAAAUUCAUCAGAGAACACACACAGGAGAGAAGCCUUACUCCUGCUCUGACUGUGGAAAGAGUUUCUCCCGACUGGGCAACUUAAAAAGACAUGAACGUAUACAUACAGGAGAGAAGCCUUACUUCUGCUCUGACUUUGUAAAAUGAUUCACAACAUCAACUGAGCUAAAAGGAAAUCAGAGAACACACACAGGAGAGAAGCCUUACUGUUGCUCUGACUGUGCGAAGAGUUUCUCCCGAUUGGCCACCUUAAAAACACAUCAAUGUAUACAUACAGGUGAGAAACCUCAUCAGUUGUCUCAGACCAGCCAAGAUUAGUCACUACAUCACCUCAUUCUCAUCUCAUAAAGGAAGUGGUAACAGUGAAUUUGAUAACGUUAACACUAUAUUGUAAUCAUAUUUUUGUUCUCACUGUGUUAACUGUGCAGAGGAAAGGGAGCAUUAUAGAAUGCCAUUGGAAAUGAUCAUUCUCCAUCUUUUUUACUACAAAACAUAGAAACACAUCAACAUGUACUUUAGCAUUUUAGCUAAUAAGCAACUUUGCAACAACAUUGCAUGACCAAAAGUAUGUGGACUCCUGCUCGUCGAACAUCUCAUUCCAAAAUCAUGGACAUUAAUAUGGACUUGGUCCCCCCUUUGCUGAAAUAACAGCCUCCACUCUUCUGGGAAGGCUUUCCACUAGAUGUUGGAACAUUGCUGUGGGGACUUUCUUUCAUUCAGUCACAAGUGAUGUUGGGCGAUUAGGCCUGGCUCGAAGUUGUCAUUCCAAUUCAUCCCAAAGUUGUUAAAUGGGGUUCAGGUCAGGGCUCUGUGCAGGCCAGUCAAGUUAUUCCACACCGAUCUAGAUAAACCAUUACUGAAUGUACCUCGCU